UGUUGGGUCGCUCUACAGUGUCAAGUCUCUAAAACAAUUCUGUGUUCACUUCAGGUACAACCUUCCUAGACAGAAGACACGCUACCACUACAUCGCAUCGCAACUUUCCAUUCAACAAGAUAUGAAGACGAUUUGUGCUGUGGUGAUGGUGGGCAUAGGCAUAGGCUGCUUGCUGGUGCAGCCUAGCGACGCCUGGGGGGGGCUCUUCCAGCGGCUCACCCCUGAAAUGCUCUCUGGCGGUUAUGGUGGGAGCUCGUUCCGGGCCCAGCCAUUCUUACAGAAUCCCGGAGAACUCGAUUCAUUUCAAGAGCUGCAAGAAGCUGAGCUCGAAGGGCAAGUUCCAUGCUACGGCAGGAGAUGCAGUGCCAACGAGUAUUGCUGUGAGGGAUCUAUUUGUAUCGACGUUGAUGGAAGGAAACAACAGAGCCACGAGACAUCUUUGAUGAAGAGUGUGCCAAUUUCUGGUACAUGCCUGCCGCUGUAUGGUCUGCGCCAGGGAGAGCUUUGCAGAAGGGACAAUGAUUGUGAGACCGGUCUGGUUUGCACUGACACUGGAGAAGGUCGUACUUGCCAACCGGCCAUUACAAGCAGGAAACUCUACAAUGAAGAAUGCAGCAUGAGUUCAGAGUGCGACAUCCACAAAGGACUUUGCUGUCAGUUUCAGAGACGUCAUCGACAAGCCCCUCGAAAGGUGUGCUCCUACUUCAAGGACCCGUUGGUGUGCAUUGGUCCAGUGGCAUCCGACCAAAUCAAGAUGGCGGAUCUGGAGAGAACAGCGGGUGAGAAGAGGCUUACAGCCAAAAGCUCUUUCAGCCACUUGAAGCGCUAAGCGCUCAGCUACAGCCAAUGUCGCACUUAGAACUCACUAUUAUCUUAUAGAUCGUUAAGAAUAACUUAAAAUAUGUCUGAAAUAUAUGUUUUUCUGAUCAGCCUGGAGUAGAAAACUUGAGAAUUUGGGUGAGUUAAGGCCUCAUCAUUAUCACAUACUAUGCUCCUAAGCCUUCAUAAAAACUACUUUCGAAUUUAGUUGAUAAGGGAUCGACAAUUAUUGUUUAGUUUCUAAGAUUGUGCUAAGUGUAUCUGUACAGGAUCCUUAGCUCGGACUGCUUGUCCAUGUCCGUCCUUGGUCUCUUGCUCCGUUCCGCAAAAUAGCCUAACCUAACUCAACCUUAAACGUAUAAUGUACACUAUCACUGUCCUCUUUAAUCUCAGAGUGACUGUGAAUCUACACUAUCAUCAUUCAUCUCAACUUCUACUAACUAAUAUUUAAAGAAGCGCACACAAAAUUUCUUUAAAGCAGUUAGUUGGAAAUGUAAAUAAAAGUCGGGAUACCACCUUGAAACGUACAGAAACAAGGUGCUUUUGACAUUUACUUUAAAUGCAGUUGUCGAAGGUGUAUAAUUUUAUAAAACAAGGUCCCCUUGUAGAUAGAUUUCAUCUACAGAGUACAAAACUCAAAGACGUCUAUUGCAGACCCAGAAAAUCAAAUUGAAAGGUCGAAAAAUGAUUGCUUAUAAUAGGAGAAUCCAGAAAGAAUCAAACAGCACAAUAAGUCGAGUAAUAUUAUUCUGAAAUGUGCGGAAGUUGUUUUCUGGGCUUUAUACUCAAGCAGUACGGCGGUUACUGAGCACUACUUACUAGGCAAUAUAGCCUAAAUUUAUUUCAAUACAUGCACUGAUGUGGUGAGUUUUCAACUAUUUUCUCAGAUAAUUGAAGGUUGAAUCGCGAUGGAAAUUGAUCUUGCCAUUUCUAAGAAAGCUCGAUUUUAAACAGUAUUAUCCAUAACCCGAAUGACACACAAAAAAAAUCUUAGUAGGCUACUUGGUUGAUAAAAUAAACUUGGUACUAUCCUAGUCUUCUGUGCCCUUGCUUAACAAGAAUAAUACUUCUUGCAAAUUGAUAUGAUUUUGCUGUUACAAUUAAUUUAUUGCAUAAUAGACAAGUGAAAACUGAUAGCCUAUAUUCAUAUAUCUGCUACCGCUAUAGAAUUUCAGAUGCUUCAUCUCGUGUACUUGGGAUCAUCACAUUUCUUCAUUUUCAUAACUAUUCAAUAUUUCAAGUUGAUUAACGCUUGAAAAAUGAGAAGAAUAGAUUUGGUUUUACUUACUGUAAGAGACAAGACAUAUUUUUAGAAAAUCCUGACAUUUAACGCUAUACAGGGACGGAGCGAGAACUUAAAGCUUGAAGAUACAUAUCAAUGUCUUGAUGAAAUACAGUACAUAUCAAUACUCUUAUUUAGGCUAGGCUUUGGUUCAUCUUCAUAGAUUUUUGGAUGAUAUUUUGAAUUUCUUAUGAAUUAUAUUAAUGUAUUUUGUUCAACUAUCUUGAAUGUAGUAAAUAAUAUUACUAAUAAAUGAGAGAGCAAUGGCUUCGAUAAUUAUGCCAGCAAAGUU